GAGACUAUCGAUCGGAGCAUGUUGUUUGUCCAAAUUUCACUUCCUCGUUGAGUUCAAUUUGCGGCUGAUCGGACACCAGUGAUUGCUAAAACUCGUAAACAAGUUGGCGGAUGAGACAGAAAUGUUACCAGAAAACUCACAGUGAUUGCCCAUUUUGGUCAAGGAAGAGCUUCAGAUGUUGGAUCAAAUAUAAAAUUCUGCUGGCUCCAGUCCUCCUCAAACUGUGCUUGUCUGUGAAGAAGAAAAAGGGAGGAACCCGACAGGGCGUGUCAAGAUGCCUCCCGUAUCGGUACCAAACUUGGACCAGUGGAGCGAAGGGGAACUCAGCACCAAUGUGGAGCUUAUGUGCCUGCUACCAAAUGGUAUCUACAUACCACUCCAGUGCAGUCGGGAGGAAACCCUUACAAGCAUCAAAAGAGAGCUAUGGAUGAAAGCCAAGUCAGAACCUCUCUUCAACCUACUCCUUGACCUAAACUAUUACAUCUUCCAGUGCAUCAACUAUUCAGCGGAACAGGAGGACCUCUUGGAUGAAAAGCGACGCCUCUGCGAUAUCAAGCCAUUUUGGAGUACCUUGAGAGUUGUCAGGAGGGCGGGUGAUGUUGAGGAUAGGGUCCUUAACUCACAGAUUGGCCUGUGUAUUGGAAAAAGUCUUCAUGAAUACGACCUGAUGAAGAACCAGGAGGUCCAUGACUUCCGAUCCAACAUGAAGAGGAUGUGUAUGUCGGUGCAGAAGGCCCACAUGAAGUGGUCUUGGGACAGAAAAGCCACUUACCUGUUCCCUCCGCAGGUGGACCUGUCCGCACCCAACGACCUUCCAGAGAGCAUCCUCAUUGAUAUGAGGUUCUUCUCAAGUUGGUCCACCACGUCAGUCCUGCAGGUGAAGAGCAUGGAGAAACCUGAAGACUUGGUAGAGAAGGCACAGAAGAAGAUGUCUAUGUACCAACAAAACACCGAGGCUGAGGAAUACGUCCUCAAAAUCCGCAGCUGUGAAGACUUCCUUCUCGGUGGACAUCCUCUCUCGAAAUACAAGUACAUCCGGAAAGCCAUUCGUAAAGGCCAGAAGCCGGAGCUCAUCCUCAUUCACAAGUCUGAGCUGAAGGUCGAGGAUCGCUUCAAGGACCCGAUGUUCAACGUCCUGGCACAGAAGGAGGAGCAGGCCCCGCCCCUUCCUUCCAAGAUGGGUCGUUUCGUCAGCUGGGAUAUUGAUGAGAGGGUCCGGGUUACAUUCCACUUAGCAAAGAAUGUCAACGUUGUUGAGAAAUCAGGGGUACGCCUCAAGGCUGGUGUGUUUCACGGUGACGAGGAGCUCUGUCCGUUCUUCACGUCCAAGGAGGUUGAGGGUCCUGAUCCCAGGUGGGGGGAGACCUACGAGGCGGAAAUCGACGUCAGCAACCUACCUCGUAUGGCUAAGCUCUGUGUCAUGGUCUACACGCUAGGCAACAAGAAGAUCGUCAAGACGACCUCAGGUGCUCAACUUGACCAAGGGAAACAGAGGAGAAGAAACCCAAGGAAGGAUCUAGUACCGAUCGCAUGGGUGAACCUGACCUUCUUUGACUACCGGUCCCAACUUCGGACCGGCCCCGUGAAGCUCUUCAUGUGGCCGGCCUCGGACGACAUCGACCUGAACCCGUUGGGGCCGUGCGAAUCCAACCCCAGCAGAGACGACACAACAUGCAUCGAGCUUUCCUUUGAGCAGUACAGGCAGGGUAGUGUCUCCUAUCCCACGUUUGACAAGGUUAUAGAGAGGGCAGCAGACAUCGCGAGGAGUGAUGACAAUCCGUUUGAGACCCCUUCGGAACAAGCCUUGGAUGAGUUGCGUCAGAUCGUCGAGAAGGAUCCCUUAGAGCCCCUGAGCGAGCAGGAAAGGGAAGACCUGUGGCUUGCCAGGCAGGACUGCAGGGACCAGCUACCCCAUGCCCUUCCUAGACUACUCAGAUGCGUGCAUUGGAAUCAUAGGGAUGAAGUAGCACAGAUGCAAGCUUUGCUGCAGAUUUGGCCUCAGUUGAAGCCAGAAGAAGCCAUGGAACUCUUAGACUAUCGCUAUCCUGACGUAUCCGUUCGGCAGUUUGCAGUCAAGUGCCUUCAACAACUCACAGAUGAGCAACUCUCUCAGUAUCUUCUGCAGCUGGUACAAGCCUUGAAGUACGAGACCCAUUUAGAUUGCGCCCUCGGCAAGUUUCUGUUAGACAGGGCCCUCUCGAACCAGAGGAUAGGCCAUUUUCUUUUCUGGCAUCUCAGGGCUGAGAUGCAUCAAUCUGCUGUGUGCACUAGGUUUGGGCUGAUGCUAGAGGCUUACUGUAGAGGCAGCAUGGCUCAUAUAAAAACACUUAGCAAACAGGUGGAAUCGCUAAACAAGAUGAAGAAUCUGAACGAGCUCAUCAAAUCAAAGCAGGCAAAACAACAAGAUAAAGGAGAGAUUAGAGACAUGAUGAAGAAAGUCCUCCAACAAGACUCCUACGCCGAUACGCUCUCAAAUUUUGUCUCGCCGCUGUCUCCUGCAAAUAAACUCAGGUGUCUUCGACUAAACAAGUGCAAGUUCAUGUCAUCCAAGAUGAGACCGCUAUGGUUGGUGUUUGAGAAUGACGAUCCAAUCGGAGACGAUGUCUUCCUUCUCUUCAAGAACGGCGACGAUCUUAGACAGGACAUGUUGACUCUCCAGGUCAUGCAGAUUAUGGACAACAUCUGGCAGGAAGAAGGAUUAGACCUGAGGAUAAUCCCUUAUCGUACGCUCGCUACCGGGCCCAAAGUUGGCCUAAUCGAGGUGGUGACCAACGCCGACACCAUCGCUAACAUCCAAAAGCAGCACGGAUCGGUCAACGUGCUGACCGCUGCAUUCCAGAAGACGGCUCUCUUUGAAUGGAUCAAGAAACACAGUCCAACAGAAGAGAAGCUUAAUAAAGCAAUAGAAGACUUCACCUUGUCCUGUGCAGGCUACUGUGUCGCAACCUAUGUCUUGGGCAUCGGUGAUCGACACAAUGAUAACAUCAUGGUGAAAGAAUCAGGCCAGCUCUUCCACAUUGACUUUGGUCAUUUCCUUGGGAACUAUAAGAGGAAGUUUGGUGUCAAGAGGGAAAGGGUUCCUUUCGUCCUGACCCAUGACUUUGUCCAUGUCAUCACCAGAGGCAAAGGGGCCAGCACGACAACAGAGUUCGACAGCUUCCGGCGGUGCUGUGAGGAGGCAUUCAUGAUUCUCCGUCGCCGUGGCAACCUUCUAAUCAACCUUUUUGCUAUGAUGCUCUCAAGCGGAAUCCCAGAAUUGUCGGAUGAGACCAUCAAGUACCUGCGGGACGUCCUGGUCCUGGACCGCAGCGAGGACGAUGCCCUGCGCUUCUUCCAGGGCAAGUUUAACGAAGCCCUCAAGAACUCUUGGAAGACUAGUUUUGAUUGGAUGAUGCAUCAUAUAGCCAAUCGUGAUUGAGACAAUCGAUGACAUCAUCAAAAAGACACUGUUACAUUCAGCCAUAAGGAUUAGAAGUAAGAUCACCUUUACAGUGUUGCAUUGCAAUUGAGACGAUGACCUAUAACUAGAACAUUGUUACGCUUCAGACUUCAAAAUCAUCUGUCGGGAUUAUACGGUGUUGCGAUGGACAUAAUGACAUCACUAAAGCAGUGUUACGCUUCAGACUUCAGCUGAUUGGAGUUAGACCAAAAAAAAAUCACUUCUAAAGUGUUGCGAUGUAGACAAUGACAUCACUAAAGACAGCUUUUUGUGUUUCAGACAUAUGCAUGUACAUCAGCAAUACAAAUCACAUAUACGGUAUUGUGAUGGAGACUUGUACAUCACUGAUAUGCUGUCAAGGUUGAGACAAUCAUAUCACAAAUAUGCUGUCACUGUUUGAUAUGUCAAUUACAGCACACACCCCAUGAUGCCGUAGCAGGUGUACCUGAGGCAUAAAGACGGUGGUUCAUGACUGCGGCAAAUGGCUGUGUUUAUGCUAUAAAAACUGUAGAAUACAAGUGUGCAAUGAAGGCAGCAGUAAUACCGCAGAACACAUUGCAUAGCCAGUCACUACAUACUUAUUAUUGAUAUAUGAAUGGGUUAUUUUAGAGACUUUGCUCUGAAGGAUUAUGGGAAAUUGACGAUGUGAGAGAGUGAAUGAUUGGCGAAAUUUUGCUUGAAUAUCGUGCUCUGAAAUUUUAUUCACAUGACACAUCAUAAGAUUGAAGCUUAUAGCUUAGGCUAUAAUUCUGAAUAAUAAUAAUGAGAAUGACUUGACUUAAGGCAGCUGUUUUUUCUUAGGCAUGUCUACCCUUUGCAAUCUAUUGGGGUGUUCAAGAAAUUGCAAUCAAUUUUAAGUCAAUUUUGGGUCCAAAUAUCAACCAUCAAUCUGGCAAUCAGUUGCAAAAUCGCACUUCAUUACUUUUUUUGCAAUAAGACGUUCAUGUAUUAAAGCACUAAGUAAACAACAAGAAGUAAAAUCAAUUUGGUCAAGUUACAAAUUGAUGUAUGUUAAUUGUAAGCUAGGAUUUGGACUUUGCGGCUGAUUACAGAUAUUUCCUUGUGACACCCACUCAGAUGCUUGUACAAGGGACACACCAGGCACCAAGUGUUAUGAGAGAAUGUGAAUAAUGACCAUGAAGAUUCAUUUGAUUUAGGAGAGAGAUUUUUAAUCAAGUGCAUACAGAAAAUGAGAAGUCUGUGAAUUAUGUCGAGCAAAGGGUAUGAUUUUAGUAAUGUUAUGCUUCGAGUCACAUCAUGAUAUAUGUUUCACUGACUGGAUAGAGUAUAUAGAAAGUAAUGCUGGAUGAAAUGAUAUGUCUAUUUACUUAUUAUUUGCAAUAUUAGUAGGUAUGAAUACUUUGACUAGUACAGAUAUUAUAAAAACAACAAAAAAGUAAUACCCCCUUCUCAAAAUACCAUCAUUUUUCAACCCUUUGAACGCAAUUUAACUGUCACUAUAUAACAAAUUUUCCAUCGACUGUUAUUAGAGACACCGUAGGCAGUUAAGUAAACAAAUUAAAGCAAAAUGACCUGUCUGGAAUCUUUCUACACUUACCGCCGAAAAUUUAGUGAGUGUGAAAAUCUAAUUGAUGUAUUGGUGUAUACUUUAUUUAUUUGUUGAUCACCACCCACCCCAUAAACCUUGCAACUUUUGAAAAGUGACAUUUUCAUCUUUAUCAUAAGCUUGAUGUAUCCGUACGAUUUUCAUUCAGAAGUGAGAUGGUACGUGUAGUAAAACUUCUGCCAAAUUAUGUUGAUAAAUCUGUUAAAAUCUGUGGUAUUUUGAUGAAGGGGAAGUUAUUUUUUUGUUUGUUUUGUUUAAAUCGGGUAAGUUCUCACAUGCAAUGACUACAUGCCUUUUUAGGUCCAUUUUCAUAGAACUUGAUUUGAAUUAUUAAUGCAAAAAUGCUACGACGAUUUUGCAAUCAGCCAAUCAAAUAACAUGAUUUUAAUUACAAGAAUUUUAUUCAUAAAAUAUGUUUGAUGAAAUAGGCCCUAAAUUUGGUGUAAAGAAAUAAUUUGGUGGAGAUUUAAAUUCAAUUCCAUUUCAUUCUAUUGUCCACUGUAUGGAAGUUCUUUUUGCUCACACUCUACAAGUAUGCUUCAUCAAUUUAUUGCUAAUUCUAUGAAGAAAGACGAUACUUGAUGAUGAAUUUGAAAGAGCAAAAUUAUGAAAUUUUAUUCAAUU